CCAAGCCGUCGACUGCGUGCGCGUGCGCCACGUCAUUGCCCCGCGUGUGGAGUAGACAGGCCAACGUUGCGUGCCUUUAGCCUGUGCUAUAAAUACUGAGCUUCGAACUUCGGUACUGUCUAGCCGUCAAGAUGCAAGCCGCGUGCCAGGACGGGGUCGCGUGGUGGCGGGCGACCGUUGGCGCCGCACCGACCGCGCCGACCGACCGCGUCCUAGACCGUCUCCUCGAGUGCAUUGACGUGUCUCUGCCGUCGGCCAUGUCGCCGCAAGAGAUGCGAAUCUACCUGCGCGUCUGCCUCGAGAUGCGACCGACGCUGACGGCGCGGGACUGGGAGCACUUUCUCGUCCGGUUCGGACCGUUCCGGUCGUGCAUCACCAAGUCCGUGACGUGCUUCCAGAGCCGGUACCACGACGGUAUUGCACCCUGGUUCCACGGCGUCCUCUCGCGCGCCGACGCCGAGGCCAUCCUCCGGGGCGGCGACGACGGCUCGUUCCUCGUGCGCUUCAGCGAGACGCAGCCCGAGAAGUUUACACUCGCCUACGUCAAGGUACACUCGGCGCCGCCGCAUGCGGGAAAGCGCGAGAUCAAGAACGUCUUGCUCGUCCACGACCCGACGCGCGGGUACGGGCCGCUCGACGGCGGGAUGGGCCGCAUGUACGAGUCAAUCGCUGCCUUCAUCGAUAGCAGCGCGGGUCGCCUGCGUGUCUCGUACGCGUCCAAGCUCUCGUCGCAGAUCAACGACGAGCUCAAGGCCGCGCGCAAGGCGGGCACGCUCGACUUUGGCCGGCUCUCGCUCAACGACAACAACGACUACGCCUCGUUCAGCACCGAAGACGUUGGUGACCGCGCACCGCCUUCGGGCUGCCUCUUUUCGACGACUCCCAACGUAGCGGCGAGCAGCGACUAUGGUCUUCUCGAGCCGCCGGUGCGGGUGUCCGUGGCCGAUAAUGACUACGGCGCCUUCAAGUCUGUCGGUGACAACUACGGGUCGUUCAGUCGGCUCGCCGAUGGCUACGGCUCCCUUGGCCGCGACGACAUCAAGUCGUCGUACGGACAGUUCAACUACGUUGAAACCGAGCGCAACGCGCAGCUCACACCACCAAAGCCGCUACCUGCAUCGUCCUAUGGACGAUUCGAUGCUGCGGCGCUGCCCUCCGAGCCCGAGGCGGGCGCGUACGGGCGGUUCUCUGCCGCCGCGCCGCCGCAGAGCGCCUAUGGCCGCUUCACGGACGUGGCGCACCCUCCGCCGGCGCCGGCGACCUACGGACAGUUUGCCUCGCUGCCACAAGCGAGCGCUGUCGAGCCAGCACCGUCCAACGCGUAUGGGCAGUUUGGCGACGUGGCUUCCGCGCCGGUGCAGAGCACCGAGGCGCAGGCGAUCGCACAGCUCGAGAUGGGCAUGGGUCUCUACAAGCAGGCGAACCUCCAUGAGGCCAUCGAGUAUUUUUUGCGCGCCGAAUUCUUUGCCAAAAAUGCAGGCGCGACGCACGUCGAGGCGCGGGCGCUCGGCAACCUCGGCACCGUGCACUUGGAUCGGAAGCAGCCGACGCAGGCGGUGCUCUACUACGAAAAGUGUCUUGCGCUGACGCGGCAGGUCGGCGACGGGAAGCGCGAGAAGACGAUCCUCAACAACCUCGUGCUUGCGUGCAUGGCCGCCGCCGACUACGCCAUGGCGCUGCGCUACUCGCACGAUCAGCUCCGCGUGACGGCCAACGCUGUCAACCGCCAAAAGAUCGCAACGCGCAUCGCGUCCCUCGAAGAGCGCGUCCAGCAGGCGUCGUUGGCAUCCUGAUAAGCGUUCGAGCCAAACCAUCCUCUGUACCACGUGGUGGGUCCUGCGUCUUUUGCGCAGGUCGCAGGCACAGUGGCAUCCUGCCAGCUGGUCGCUCACAUCAGCAGUAACCUGUACAAACGGCGCGGUCUUUGCAGCCGCACAUUCCUAGCGAUGGCUCGGCCUGGCAGCGCAGUAGGAUCCAUUGGCUCCCUGUGGGCGCGGCCGGCGCCGCAGUCGUCGCUUCAUCCACCGUGCCGACCUAGUACUGCCGGCCUGUCCUGAGACUCAAUUUUUGGCGGACCUCUACUCAUUUUGAUUCCUUCGAACUUCGAAGAACGCGUGUAUUUUUUUGAAUGUACAUACAAACAGCAAGAUAACAUGUGGACGUCGAAUAAAAGGGAGCUUGUAACACUGCGUAAUGACGGAAACUGG